AUGGUCAGUGCUAGGCGUUUGCGAAAUGCAGUAGCCCCAGGUAGCAGCAGCAGCAGCAGCAGCAGCAACAGCAACAGCAGUGACUGCAGCUGUGGCAGCAGCAGGAGGAGCAGCAGCGGCAACGAUUAUAGCAGCAGAAACGGUUGCAGCAGCAGCAGCAGCAGCAGCAGCAGCAGCAGCUUGUGUGUUUGCAUGCAGAGCGGGGAGGAAGACUCAGCUGAAGCAGAAGGAGAGACAGGGGAUUCUGGGUCAGCAGCAGCAGCAGCAGCAGCAGCAGCAGCUGAUAAUGCUGCUGCUGCUGCUGCACAAGAAUCAGCAACCGAUGCAGCAGCAGCAGACACAGCAGCAGAAGCAGCAGCAGCGCCUCUCCCCCCGCCGCCUGGGGACGAUUUGCUGCUGGACUCUCUGCAUGCGCGCUCGCGGCGCUGCAGCGCCGAGUCGGUCGAGGCUGUCGAGGACUUCCGCUUUGCUGCUUCCCAGCCAUGCCUGUGGGACCCCCAAACACUCCCUUUGGGCCAUUCCGCGAGUUUUGUCGAAGUCGAAAGAAAGGCUUCUUUAAUGGAUUUGAUUUGCUGCGGCGGCAGAGAAGGCCGCAAGGGGAGAGCUGCUGCUGCUGCUGCUGCUGCUGCUGCUGCUGCUGCUGGAGCAGCAGCAGCAGCGCCGAAGGAAAUCGUCUUUCGCAUCAAACCUGGGCCCCCGCAAGAAGUGCUGCUGUGGGUGGCAUGUCUGAGAGACAGCUACCGCAGCAGCAAAGCGAAAGAUGAAGAAACAGCAGCUCUUGUUGCAUCUCAAAAGUGUUUUUGGAAAAUAGACAGAGCGGCGAGAGGGAGGCUCUGCUGCGCAGAUGACAGGCACCGCGGAGACUCAUAUUCGCGAAGCUGCUUAGGCACCUUGAAGUUCAACGCGCGCGUGCAGCGGCUCAUCACCCGAGGCACUUAUGAUCAUGUCGGAAUGGUUUUGAGAAACCGAAGAGGAGAGGUUUACAUUUUGGAGUGCAUGGGCGACACGGGGGUAAUUUUGACUGCUUGGUCUUCUCUGGUCAACAACAAAUGGUACAGGGUUUACCAAAGAAUUGUCUGGCGAAGACUUUACUGGGAAGUUUCCGAAGAAAAACUUUUUGCACUUUUGCAAUUUCUGAAAUCUGUUAUUGGAAAAGACUACAAACUUACGCUGGCCAAACUGCUCACCAGAAAGCCCUAUGAAUCUUUUUCGCAACGUCUUGACAGCCAACUGGGGCUGACUGAGGGCUGCACUUUGGGGGACGAGUUGCUGCUGGACUUUUGUCUGUACACCCCAGAGCAGCAGCAGCAGCAGCAGCAGCAGCAGCAGCAGCAGCAGCAGCAGCAGCAGCAGAAGGGACACAAAAAGAAAAAGCCAAAGCCCAAACAAACUCCAGAGCAGCUGCCAAAGAUGGUCAGUUCCUUGCAGGCGUCCCGCGCAGCACGGGAGAAGGAAGCAGCAGCAAAACUCACGAACAGCAGCAGCAGCAGCAGCAGCAACAGCAGCAGCAGCAGCCCAGCAGCAGCAGCAGCAGCAGCCGCGGACACAGGGGACUCGUCAGCAGCUCGAGAAACAGGUCUUGUACAGACACCCCAAAUGGAGGGAUUCAAGAUGCUAAGGAGAAAAAAUUCAAGUUUAAAGCGCCAGCAGCAGCAGCAGCAGCAGCAGCAGCAACAGGAGCAAGCGCAGCAACAGCAGCAGGACCAGCAGCAGCAGCAGCAGCAACGCGAACAGCAGCAGCAGCAACAACAGGACCAAGAGCAGCAGCAGCAACAACACGACCAAGAGCAGCAGCAGCAACAACGCGACCAAGAGCAGCAGCAGCAACAACGCGACCAAGAGCAGCAGCAGCAACAGGAAGAACAGCAAGGUCUCGAACGGCAGCAGCAGCAGAAACACUAG